GCAAGAACAUUUGGACUUCGGUAGUUUUUUUAUUCGUUAAAGGCAUCUUUUACAAGCACGGUGAUACUGUGCACUAAAUUGAUGAUUCGAUAGUGCAAGAUUAAGUGAUAGUGCAAUAAGAGAAUCAAUUAUUGUGAAAAAUGUCAACGAAAGCAAGUAAGAAGACCACGGCGACGUCGAGUAGCAACGUGCAGUCGCCACAAUUUACGUCAACACCGAUUGGACAACGACCAGGAAGUCCUUUGAGUCCAACUCGUUAUUCACGUCUCCAAGAAAAACAAGAUUUACAGAAUCUCAAUGACCGAUUGGCUUGCUAUAUUGACAAAGUACGGCAUUUGGAAUCCGAGAAUUCCAGACUUACGCGGGAGGUACAGACAACCCAGGAGACUAUCACCCGCGAAGUAUCCAACAUCAAGUCUAUGUACGAACAUGAAUUAUCCGACGCAAGAAAAUUAUUGGAUGACACUGCAAAAGAACGAGCAAAACUUGAGAUAGAUACUAAACGAUUAUGGGAUAACAAUGAGGAACUUAAAUCCAAAUUAGAUAAAAAAUUAGUGGAUUUACAAGUAGCUGAGAGAAACUUAUUAUUAUAUGAAACGCGUUACAAUGAUCUGCAAUCACAAUUUAAUCAGUCUCAAGCAGAGCGUAAGAAACUAGCUGAAAGAGAACGAGAAUUAGAACAGGAAGUAGAAAAAUUAAAAGCAUUAUUAGAAGAUGCUCGUAAACAUCUAGGAGAAGAAACAUUACAACGUAUUGUUCUUGAAAAUAAUAUUCAAAGUUUAAAAGAAGAUAUUAGUUUUAAAGAUCAAAUAUAUCAACAAGAACUAACAGAAUCACGAACAAAAAGACAGAUUGAAAUUUCUGAGAUAGAUGGUCGUCUUGCUGAAAAAUAUGAAGCUAAAUUGCAACAAUCUUUGCAAGAAUUGCGAGAUCAAUAUGAAGCACAAAUGCGAGCUAACAGAGAAGAAAUUGAAUUAUUAUAUGAAAAUAAGAUUAAAAAUUUGACAGCUCAUGCUCAACGUAAUAGUGGAGCAGCAAGUUUAGCUGUUGAAGAGUUAAGGCAAACAAGAACAAGAAUUGACACACUUAAUCAAAAAAUUAAUGAACUGGAAGCAGCAAAUAAUGCUCUCACUGCGCGAAUAAGAGAUUUAGAAAAUCUACGUGAAAAUGAGAAAGCUCGUCACGCAGAAAGUGUAGCAUCUCUAGAGGAAGAAUUAGCGCGUAUUCGUGAUGAAAUGGCUCAACAAUUAAAAGAAUAUCAAGAUCUUAUGGAUAUUAAAAUUGGUCUUGAUUUGGAAAUUGCAGCAUAUCGAAAACUUUUAGAAUCUGAAGAAUCCAGAUUAAAUAUUAAUCCAGUGCAAUCAAGUUCAACAGCAUCUAGUGGUAGAACUACACCUUCAAGACAUACUCCAUUAAGAGGUGGAAAACGAAAACGUACUUUAUUAGAGGAAAGUGAAGAACGUACUAGUACUGAUUAUAGCGUAUCUGGAACAUCUAGAGGAGAUAUAGAAAUUACAGAAGCUGAUCCUCAAGGACGAUUUGUAAAACUAACAAACAAAGGCAACAAGGAAAUGGGACUUAGUGGUUGGCAAAUUAUUCGUAAGGCUGGUUCUCUUGAAACAGUAUUUAAAUUUCAUCGAACUGCAAAAUUAGAAGCAGGAGCUACUGUAAUGGUAUGGUCAGCUGAUAUUGGUGCUUCACAUGAACCACCAUCAAAUAUUGUCAUGAAAGGUCAAAAAUGGUUUACAGCAGAUAUUAUGACGACUAUACUUCUUAAUAAUGAAGGCGAAGAAAUGGCCAGUUCAGAAUGUAAAAGGCAACAAUUAUCUACUUCUCUAUCUCGACAUAGGGAAAAUUUGGGGUUUCGACCUUCUGAAGAACUACAUCAUCAACAGAGAAGAUAUCUCUACCCAUAUUAAGUGGGCGAGCGAACGCUUCUGGGUCGAUUUAUGGUGAUCCUCAAGGAGAGGAAUUUUGUCGCCUUAUGUGAAAAUAAGUUUAUAAAAUAAUCUUAAAAAUUCUAACAGCACGUUUUAAAAAAAAUAUUUGAAAAGAUACAGAAAAGCACUUGAUCUUAUUUAGAAGACAAGUCUCUAAGAUUUCAUUAAUAUAAAGAAUUCAUAUAAUGUCUUGAAUGAUAUAUUUUGCUUAAAAAAAUAAUAAAGAAGAGAUUAAAAACAGAAUACACAACACCAUAUUAGUACUUUAUAUUUAUAGAAAUAUGUACAACAUAUGAGAAAAUAUUCUGUAAUAUAAUGUUUAAAUCAAAUUUAACGAAACGUUUCAUGACUAUUGAAACGAUUUUUGCAUUUAUAUAUUUGCACUUCAUAUAAAACUUAUUUGUCCAUUAUAUCAGAGUUACUAGUUCAUUGAAUAAGGAGCACGAGUAAUUUUGUCAGCGAGAUCGAACUAUUUUUGGCAUACCAUUUAUUUUUACCUAGUCGUUAUCGUGCCUUUUUAAAUAUAAAAGAAAGAGAUCUUUUUUUCUUAGUAGAUAAUAUUUAUUUUUAAGUACAAACCGGAUGCAAUAAGAGUGUGGUGCCCACAAUAUGUAACGUUCAAAAACAUUUAUUUGACAGGAAAAUAUUUUCUGAUAUGUACUAUAUAUAUAUAUAUAUUAUAAGUUUUUUUUUACUAAUGAAUGAGAUAUCGGAAUAAAUGAAAUUCUAUGUUUAAUACAAAAAGUAUCACCUCUGUCAUCCGGAACGUAAUUUUGUUAAUUGUAUUCGACUUUAUAUCAUUUAUACUAAUAAUAAAAGUCUAUAAUUAACCAUAUUUAUUAUCUUUUUAUGUU